AUGUCUGCAGGAGAGCCGGUCCCCCUCGUUGGGCGGAUUAUAUGCAUGCUCAGAGAUGCCUGGUCAUCAAGUUUUGGACUCGGCUCCCAUUCCUGGUUUGGUACAUCAGCUAACGAGCAUGCGGUGCUAGAUUACAUCAAGUUCAUUUACCUAUUCUUGGUCGAAAGGGCGCAUUUUGUACGAUGCACUUCCAAGAAGAGAAUGCGCUCCAAGCUGUACCUGUUCAACUGUUUCGGCAUGGUCGGAUUGCCUGUGGUUCUCUUGGUCCUCUGCCUCAUCUUCCGUAUAGCCAAGCAUGAAAACGGCGUAUGCGUGCUUGGCGUAGAAAAUAUUGCCAUAAUCCCGCUCCUCGCCUUUGACACUGUAGCCAAUAUCUACCUGACGCUUCUUUUCCUUGUUCCGCUCUGCAACCUUUAUUCGUACAAGGGCAUGCCCCGAACACCGGCGACCUUGAGACUACGAAGCGUUGCUAUGCGAAGCCUUUGUGGCGCCAUCGCCACGCUGACGAUCAGUAUACUCAACGUUACUCUCCUUAUGGCGCUCCACGGAGAAGCAGGCUGGAUCUGCUUGCUGUGCUGCAAUUGCGACAUUUUGUUCUCUGCCAUUGUCAUCCAAUGCAUCACCUCCAGGGACAAUGCCGGCACCGCGAGCAUGGCCUCGACAGAUAGAGAAGCCAAUGGAUCGCUGAGACCAAGCAUGACACAAGAGCUUAAGCCUCGCUCUUCGCAAUCUACAUCUUCAGCUCCUGGCAGAGUUUCUCUCUCCGCCAUGGAUCGAUGUUCGACGAAAAGUCACUCAAACGCGGAUGAGCCUCAUUGUUGUGGGGGUAUACUCGUGACAACCACCAUCAAACGGGAGGAAAUUCAACCGGGCGGCACAAGCAGGUCCCGUGACAGGGACGACGGAACAAUACAGACAGAUGAAAGCUAUCUAGCAGAGGAAGGCCGCAUGCACGUUGACGGCACCGUUUAUGAUGACUACAACUCAGUCUUGCACCCGCCGCAGCCGACUGCGACAACUACCAUUACCUCAGGGUCUAGACUAGGCACCUAA